AUGCAACUUAGCAAAUUCGUGGUCGUGUUUGUAGUUUACUUAGCCAUCAGUGCACUAGCACCCUUACUAGCUGCACCAUCACCACCUCCCAAUGUCGGCAGUGACGACCUACCAGCAUCGCCACCGGCAGUGUUGGCCUAUUUGGAGAACUGUGCGAAGCAGCUAACUGAUAAGUGUGGAAACGAAGUCUUCUUGAGUGUGUUUCAGAAUACAACAGUUUCAAAUGAAUGA